GUUCGUUAAAGUUAAUACGUUCGUGGCUGAUAAUUGUUAUUUACAGAGCUAUGCAAUGGGUUCCUGUGAAAAGCUGAGAUAUUUCUAUUUAAUAUUUAUCCCGGUGAUAAUAAAAGAGGGUUUUGGACUAUAUUUGGACUAUACGGAAAAUACUGAAUUUAUACAUCAACGGGCUGGUUAUGACAUUCGAUUACACUGUGGCAUUGAAGGAUUGGUGGAUGAAGAACAUCUCGCUGAUACAAAGAUCUAUUGGUUUUUUAAGCAGUGUCGAGAAAAAACAUUCGACGACGACAGUUGCCAUGAGUGGAUGCAGUUGCCAUGCGAAGAGAACUUUUGUCAAUCAGACCUGUUGCUUCACAAUGUCACCGAGGAAUAUUCUGGUUUAUAUAAAUGUACAGUUGUACCGCUGAAAUACAAAUCCGGACAAGCGCUUGAUAUUCAGUUCGUUCGAACUUAUCAACUUGAUGUGAAAAAUACUAGUGCGGCUAUACCAAAAUUCGUGGAUCCAUAUCCUUUGAAUAAGACGGCAAUUAUAAAUGAUCAAGUGGUAUUUCAGUGUCGUGUGCAAAGUGAGGAACAUCCCACUAUAAAGUGGUUUCGCCGCGUUCAAACUUCCUUGCCCAACAUUUUGGAAUAUAUGGGUGUCAGUAGCAAUAACUUGAAUGCGCAUAUUGUCAAUUAUAAUGGACAUACCUAUGAACUGCUUCAUACAGCGCGUGAGAAAUACAUCGGCGACGAUAUAUUUCUGAGUAAAUUGGUAUUGAAUGGAGUGCGCCUCAAGGAUGAGGGUUAUUAUGCAUGUGCUGCUGUCACUUUUCAUGGCUAUAAAAUACGAGAAGCUUACUUAGAAGUUAAUAGCCAGGAUUAUAUAGAAGACUAUAAUGCAAAUGGGGAAGCUUACAGUGAUCCGAGUGAAUUCUGGUUGCUAUUUUUAAUGCCGCUGGGCUUAGCCAUACCCCCACUGCUGGUUUGGCUAAGCUAUUUAAUUUACAAACGGUAUAUGACACAAACCGAGAUGGAACGAAAUUCGCAAACAUAUUCAGAAGACUUUAUAGAGGAUGAUAAUUGUGUGCUGAGAGCGUAGUAGUGCAAUUAAAAAAAUGUAUUCAAUGAAAAAUAGUUAAAUAUAAGACAAAUACGCUUAUUAAUUUAUAAUAAUUCAACUUAAAUAUGUAUAGAAAAAGAAAGGCAAAUAAGUGAAUUAAUUAUUGCAGUUCAUUCCAGGUACAAUAUUUUAAUAAUAUCGUCAAGCUUUAAUUUUAUGUAACAAAAAAGUUAUUAUUCAAUUGAUAAGUACUUAAUUAUAUUUUAGUAAUUAUAGAGUUAUUAUAAAUUAAAAAAAAAAAUGAACUAUAAAUAAUAUUAUAAUUACUUAUUAUAUAUGUGUACAUAUGUAUACGUUAUUUAUUUCUUAUAUUUUGUAAAUAUAUAUUUAAGUGUCAAAUAAAUUUAUAAUGAUUAAAAAUAAUUAUUUGAAUGAGAAGUGUUUAUUCUAUUAUACAAUUGAAUAAAUUACAAAUAAAAACACUAACGGAAGGAUUUAAGGUUCGACCCAUAGCUGAAGGUUUCUUGUAAUGCCUUUUUAACUUAAAUAAUAACUAUAAAAAAAACCUCAUUUUUACUGAAAUACAUUCUACUUUCAAUAAUAUUUUAUUUGAAACUUGUUCAAUAUUCAAACUUUGGAGAAUCUUAUUCGAAAUUUUUCAAAACCCUGUUCAAAUAUUCACAUUCGACUAAAAAGUUGAUUGUGUAGAAUCCUAAACUGAAACAAAAUCGAAAUUAAUAAGAAUAUCAACUUGAUAUAAAUUGCUUUUCAACAUCGUGUUUUUUAAAAAUCAAAAUUUGUAGCAAUCAAGUUCAAAAUUUUUUCAUCUCUGUCAAUUAUUUGACUGUAUUCAAAUAUCUAUUUUAUAAAUAUAUAUUUAUAUAAACUUACAUUUAAUUAGUAUCGUUUACUUGAUGAUAUUGGAAAUCUAUUUGAAUUUCUAUUUGAUGCGCCAAUUUCAAGUGCAUAUUUUUUAUUUACGCAUUUGCAUCAAUAUCGCCAAUCAAUUGGAGCCGAUCGAGUCCCCGGAACCGUUGGAAGUCUAGAUUUUCAAAUCGUCAAAUUGGAUGAGAUGUCAAGAAAGCGUAACUCCAAUCGCAUAUCGAUGGCGCUUUUGCACUCGAUUGUACCAUGUCCCAGUAUUGAGGAAUACGAAUUCGAAUAUUAUCGACCAGGUUGUUAUUGUAUACCACAAGUGUUGCCCAAUGUCGCACCCUAUACAUGCGCUUACCUUCAUGAAUAUGUGCCACAGUGGACGGCUGCCUGCAACACGGCCACCUAUGUGGUCGACGCUUACGGUAUGGUGUAUUAUCUUAGCGAUUUCGAACAUCAGUUGCAAUUUCCCAAUAAUGUGGUUCACUCGGAUAUUGAUUACCAUAUACCAAACUAUUUUCACGAACAAGACUAUGAGGUAGCGACAGAAGAGGACGAUUCUGAAACUGUGAGUCCACGUAAACGUGAACGUCUUGAAAACGAAAAUGAUUCUGAAGAAACGGAACAGGAAUCUAACAAAGAUUCUUGUCAAAAUUAUGAAUUUUAUGAUGUGAAUUCUGAGAGUAAUCUAGUUAAAAAGUCCGACGACUCUGAGCAUGAGUAUCUUGUGGAGGAACCGUCUGAUACAGAAACUAAAGUUUAAGAGAGAAAUGAGCGUAAAAAGUAAAUUGUACUUAUUUGUUUCAUUGUCUGUAUAUUUUGGAAACUUCUUAUUGAAUGUAACCAUUGUCGAAUAUUGCGAAUAGAUUUUUAUUAAAUUAAAACUUA